AUGGAGAAUGUGACGUGGAACAGCCCUGUUCUUCUCCUGGAGGGCUUCUCUCUGCCUCCUCUCUUUUCUCUCUGUGUGUUCGUGUUUCUGCUGCUCUGCUUCGUCUUCAUUCUCGGUGCUAACACGAUGGUCGUUUGUGCCGUGAUCUCCGAUCGACGUCUGCACACGUCCAUGUACCUGCUCAUUUGUAACUUGGCCGUCAUCGACAUACUAGCUAAUGUGAACGUGCUGCCUCGCGUACUGCUGGACAUGCUGCGCCCGCCGCCCGCGCGCCUCAUCACGUACGCCGAGUGUGUGACACAGGCAUUCUGGAGCCACCUGCUGGCGACAGGUGUGAGGACAGUGCUGAUGGUGAUGGCCUUUGACCGUUAUGUGGCGGUGUGUUUGCCGCUGCGUUAUGCCUCCAUCAUGAGCCCGCGAAUGUUAGCAAAGCUGCUGGUGGCUGCGUGGAGCGCGGCGCUCGUCCUCGUGUCUGUGCUCAUCGGGCUCACGGUGCCUCUGAGCCGCUGCCGCGUGCUGGUGGUCGGGUUGUUCUGCAGUAACGCGGCACUCUUCGGUUUAUCAUGUGAGAGCAUUUAUGUGAAUAACGUGUACGGUUUGACUUUCACCUCGGUGCUGUACGUGACGUCAGCGGGCUCCAUGGUGCUAACCUAUGGCAGCAUCAUCACGGUGAGUGUGCAGCGCGACCGUGCUCUAAACCCUAAGGCCCUGCGCACCUGUCUGUCACACUUGCUCGUCUACUUCUUGACUCUCGUCAGCGGUUUGACCUUGAUCCUGUUCACACGUUUUCCAGAACUACGACAGGAGCGCCUCCUCGCCAGCGCCCUCUACUUCGCCCUCCCCGGCUGCCUCAACCCGCUCAUCUACGGCCUGCAGUCGCACGAGAUACGAAACUAUGUGCGCACAUUGUUCCAGGGGAAACGCAUGUCAGACCGCUCACACUGA